AUGGGACUUCUUUCGAAUAAGAUCGAGAGAGAUGUGUUAAAGCCAGGGGAUCAUAUCUACUCAUGGAGAAGCGCUUACUUAUAUGCCCAUCACGGCAUAUAUGUUGGUGAUGAAAAGGUGAUCCAUUUCACUCAGGCAGCAGGCCAAGAAAUUGGCACAGGAACUGUGUUAGACCGUUUUAUUUUCAGCUCGUCUCCUUCUCAUCCUUCAGAAUAUCCAUGCCCAAACUGUGGUGAUCAAUCAAGGCUUGAUGGUGUCAUCUCGUCCUGCAUUGACUGUUUCCUCCCAGAUGGAGAUCUCUACCUCUUUGAGUAUGAUGUUUCACCAGCUGUCUUCCUUGCUAAACCUCGAGGUGGUACCUGUACCCUUGCCAAAUCUGACUCACCAGAAGAUGUGCUUCACCGUACUUCUUUCCUCUUGAAGAAUGGUUUUGGUGCAUACCACAUUUUCAAGAACAACUGCGAGGAUUUUGCAAUAUACUGUAAGACUGGUUUGCUCGUUACGACUAACCUUAGUGUUGGCCGAAGUGGGCAGGCCGCUUCCUUCUUAGCUGCUACCAGUGCUGUUGUUUCUACUCCACUUAGAUUUUUAACAACCAGAUUUAGCGGCCUGGCAGUUGUGGGAUAUGGAAUGUAUUGUGUGAACCGGCUCGUAUCUGAUAUCGGAGUACGUUGUGAUGUGUCCAAAAUCCCUGUUGAGCGGCUUGUUGCCCCUUCUAGCUCAAAUGAGUCGGUAGUUGAGCAGCUUGUUACCCCUUCUAGCUCAAAUGAGGCAGUAGUUGAGGGUGGCUGA